AUGUUUCGUCAAGGUAUCCGAAAAAGCUAUAUUGGUGAUACUAGACAAAGUGUCAAUGGUUCGAAUAACAUUGUGCGAGGAGGAGGAUGUAUUAAUAGUUAUGUUGGAUGUAGUGAUGUUAGUGGCAUCGAUGUCAACAACAACUCCAAAAAAUACGUCACUGGAAAUGGAUACUGCAUCAUUAAAAGUAAUAACGAAACAAACAUUGAUAGCAAUAAUGGCUAUAAUAACACGAUCGGAAGUGUCAGCGAUAACGGUAAUGUCAAUGGAAGCAGCGACACAAACGGUGUUGAUAACCUCCCUGGUAGCGGCAACUUCGGUCCCAUCAUCAUUUCAAUUGGAAACAAAAAUGGAAAUGGUAAUGUCAAUGGAGGAGAUACAGGUAGGAAGUGA